UCAUCCAGAAACUUUCCGUCAUCGUGCGCGGGGUCGACUUGCAAUCGACUUUGAGCUUCGCAAAGUUAUGUUACUUCGAAUGCCCACCGGCGAUGCCAACUUCGUCGCAGCAGCACGCGACCGCGCCGAGUGACGAGGUUUCGCCCUUUGAAUCGCGCCCUCAUCAGCUCGAGCACCAAGUCGAACAACCAUGGACGCGUCGUACAAGCCUCGCCAGAGCAAGCAGCCAAUCGUCUUCACCGCGUUGGCAACCCUCGCGGCUGCGCUUCUGUUCUGGGUCGUGUUUCUCAGGCCUACCUCCUCGCCUACCGCACCAGUGGUGACCAAGGUCUGAUCGUCUUUUUCUCCGCUACAAGCAUGUCGUCUCAAACGGUUGAAUGUUGUCUCAACACGACCAAAGCACCGCAGGCGACCUGUCUUCGGGCUGUGCCUCAGCCGGCUCGCAUUUCAACCCUCUCAGCCAGGCUCAUGGCGCCCCGAUUGACGUCUCUAGGCACGUCGGCGACUUGGGAAACAUCCAAAGCGAUGCGCAGGGCGGAUCUAAAUUCACUAUCGAGGAUUCGUUGGUGUCUUUGAAUGGCCCGCUGAGCGUAGUCGGUCGCGCUAUCGUCCUUCAUGAGGGCACCGAUGACCUUGGGAGGGGCAAAAACGAAGAGUCACUCAAGACGGGCAAUGCCGGCGGGCGUGCCGCUUGUGGUGUCAUCGGUGUGUGCAAUUGGUUCUCUGCGUGAGCGUCGCGCAGUAAGAAGGCGAGGCAAUUGUUAUUGAAUACGACAAUGUACUUUUUGCUGGAGAUCUUCUCGUACGAUCAAGCAAAAUGACGGCGGCCUCGUCGCUUCCGUCUGUGCCACUAUGCAUAUUGUGCUGCCAUGUCA